AUGGCUCAUGAAGGAUAUUCUCGCGCCUUAGACGCUUUAAAUCGUGCAACAGGAGGUGGAACUAGAGGGGAACUUUCACAACAACUGGCUAAAAGCGAUUCUCAAGGUUCAACAAUAACUUUUGAUUCCAAAGAUUCUCAAUCACCAACAGUUGCAGCAGAAAAAGUUGCCGAAGUUGUAAUGAAUUCAAUGAUUGGAUUAUUGGGUGGAAAUGGAGGGGAGAAUUCUUCUUCUACACAACCACAAGGAGGAGGAGGGGGAGGAAAUGUUAGACGUUCAGUGGUCCGUUCAGUUCAGGAAGCUCUUUUUGAAGAAAUGGAACAACGCAGAAUUCUUGUUCGUAUGGUUAAAAAGGGACAAUUGGCUGAUGCUAUUGAUAAAAUUGAGCAAUUAUUUCCUUCUUUGUUUGAAACAAAUCGACAACUUGCAUUAUUAAUUAAAACACAGCAUUUUAUUGAAAUGUAUAAAGAAAUUACUAAAGUAGGGUUUUUUUUAAUUUUCACUAGAACAUCUUUUUGA